CCUUCCUCUCACUCACUCUCUCUCGACACAUGUCCACACGCAUCCGCCCGAAAAAAGUGGAAGUCAGGGAGGCGCAUUAGAAAUCAGGAGUGGUGAGAAAGAAGCCCAAACUUAUAAAGGAGGAUACAUUUAUUAAUUUAUCUCGAGAGAAAAAGGUAAUGGCAGUGGCAGUCUCCAAGGAUCUGACAGUGCAGGUGCUAGAGGAUGUGAAUGCUGCCAAACUGACUGACAGACAGCAGGCUCUGCAGGCUGCCAUUCAGAGAGGAGAGCCCAAAUGUCUAGGAGUGAGUCAGGUGAUGCUGGGGCUGAUGGUCAUGUCCUACUCCAUUCCUCUGCACUUCACUGAGCUCACUGAGGUGGCCAGACUGGGAGUUCCUUGGUGGAGUGGCCUGACGUUCAUCGCAGCAGGAGUGGUCGCCAUCAUCUUGGACAAACACUGCACCAUGAAGAUUCUGCAGGUAUGUUUGAUUGUAAGCGGGGUGUCCACUGUGCUGUCAGUGGUUGCUGUCAUCAUCUACUCGGUAGACAUUGACAAGAAUCCUGAGGUGCCCUGCAUCAAGACGUUGCAUGGCGGCUGUAACGAGAAUCACUACACCACGAAGCUGAGCAGAGGAGUGAAGUCAUCCCUCCUUCUCUUCACCCUGGCCCAGACAGCGAUCUCUGCUAUUGUGUGCUUCCUUCUCUUCAGACAGAGACGCAGCUUUGGACAGUACACUUCUCUCACUCAAGCUGCUCCAUCAACCCCCACAGCACACACAGCCCCUGACCUGAACUGAUGACUCACUGGACCAGUAGUCGUUGAGGUGAUGGUGAUGAUUAUCACUUUUCAUCAUCUAACUGAUUACCUUUUGUUCAAAGUGAAUUUGUUUAUCUACUUGUGUCUAUGACUUACCCACUGUACUACAUGACAUGUCACCAGCUGAGGAGUGCAGUGCACAGAGUUGUCAAAGUACGAAGCAAGCGCAUAUGAGGAAGAAACUUCACUUCACUGGCAACGCUGCACUUUGCUCCAUGUGCUCACAUGGAGUCCUCUGACUGCUCUCCUGUUUCUUGAUUUGAAAAUGUUUUCAUAGUGUUGUUGCAGUCUUCUUCAGUCUCUCAGUUUGGAAAAGAUGUUUGUAUGGCACGAAGUAUACAUUAUCAUGUGCACUGUUUUUACUUUACUAGAUUGUUGACACAAAGAUGUGUUCAACCAUUUUGUGCUAACUCUUUGAUAUAUAUAUUUGUUUAUUUUAUACAAAAUGAAUUAUGUAUGUACAUAAAUAUGAAUUAAACCUGUGGUCCAGCAUGAUAAAUAUUGUCAAAUACAUUGUGAGUGUGUGACAGAAGAGGUUUGGGGUUGAGGUUGCUGAUGCGGGGGAAAGAUUGGUUUUGGAAUGUAUUCUUUAUGCAGAACAUAGAGACAGUGGGGAAAUUUGCAAGAUCUGCAGUUUGACCAAAUUUUGCUGAAAUAUUGAAAAGAUUGGGCAAGAUUACUACUUCUCAAAAUAAUGCAAGGACGAACUGAAUUGGCACAACACUUAUUUUUGAGAUUACGCCAUCAGAAAUUCCUGUAAAGACUAGGUCUGAGAAACCGUUCCCAAACAGCACUGCAGAUAAGCUGAUGACACAGCAACUGCCCUCCCUAUUUUUCAGCCAUGCUAGCAGCAUGGCUCGAAAGCAAUGUUGGUCUUUCGGACCUCCACUUUGGUCCAAACUGAAGUCUCUGAACAGCUAUUGGAUGGACUGCAAUGUUUCUGAGACAUUCAUGGUGCCCAGAGAAGCUCUACUAUGUUUCUAUUUCUUUUUUUCUCUUUUGCUCUUUCUCUUUCUGUUGAGGGACCUGGUUCUGGCCUUGUCCCCCUAAUGACCUCCCCUUAACAUCUGUCCAUAGAGCUCUCUUUCUUUAUCUCUGUUUUGCUGAGAAGAAAGUUGAUCUGCAUGAAACUGGCUCAGUACUGUUGUGUUGUUUGACAUCAGUCUGCUUGAGAAAAGAAGAAUCAGUGUUUUAUCCUCAGCAGUAUCCUGUGGAGCAGUGUAUAGUGGCUGUGCGAUGCUCAAGGUUCCUGUGCGACUGCAGAGUAUCUUGUUUUGACUCAUGUUUUGAGUCAUUUGACUCAACUAAAUUAAAUUCAACUUUCUUGUAAAAACCACGGAAUUCAAGGAGUCAGGGAACCUUCAAUGAGAAUUUAUUGAAAAUUAACCUCUCUGCCUGGUCCUUUACCGGUUUGAUGUUCUAUGCAUAGUUAUUGUGCUGUUAUCUGAUGUAUGUUCUCAUCACACAGUCAAAAAUGUACAGUUUAUUGAUCCAGGCCUCCACAGACCUCUCUGCAUCUUGUCCAAAUUUUUUCAACUGUAUUAAAACAGAAAAACAGUAUACAAAUGUAACAUAACCAUAGUCCUUAAAAUACAAAUUAAAUAAUAUAUAUAGAGAGAUU